CUCUUUUAUUUAGCCCAACAGAACACGAAAGGGAGGGCGAUAGGAAACAACACAUUUUCAUGAGAAUGGCCUUAAACCCUAGGAACAGUACAGAAUGAACAAAUAAUCAGAAAGCAAGCAAAAAAUAACUGUCCUGACAGAAUAGCGUGACUGAACGUGACAACGUCAGUUAGUUUCUCUUGUUGUGUUAUGCAUACUAUGCCACUCGGACCAAGGGCGCUUUUUGCCUACUCUGCAACAAUAUGGUCGCCAGGCCUGACAAGCUCGUCUUUUCCUGGUUAUUCACGUGCCUUUUGUUGGGGAAUCAUUGCUUAGCAUAUACCAAACAGUGGCUGCCCAACACAAAUUUUGAUAAUCCAGCCAACUGGAAUAAGGGAAGAGUGCCGUGUGCACAGGAUAGAGUGCAACUUUAUGGGAACAAGCCGCUUUCUGUUUCUCUGAGGAGCAGUCAUAUCAUCACAUCCCUGACUUUAUCAAUGAGUGGAGAAGUGCUCUUUUAUGAUGGAGCUGAGUUGAGUUUCAGUGAAGAGGUAUCAACUGAUUGUAAGGAUCCUGGUGAAAUUAAUUUUGUGGCCUCCAUCCAAAACUGGUUCAACCCAAACAACUGGCAGCAGAUGGAAGUCAACAAACAGCCAUUCACGUUAUCUCCAGUGUCCAUCCUUCAUGCAGACAAUGUACCUUGUGUACAUGACACUGUUGUCUUUCCUCAGGACAGUUCCUUCAUCGUCAAGUCUGUUUUGCCGGUCAGGGUAGCAGCUGUUGAACUGUUUGGAGAAGCACAAAGUUCUACAAGUUUCAAGGAUUUCUAUAGCAGUGCAUCCGGAAGCAUGCAGUUCAAUUUUACUGGUCCAACUGAUAUCACAGCCAAUCACUGUGAUGAUAGGACAGGCUGUGCAUGUGGAUAUUGGAAGUUUGCUAAAACCAUCUGUAGCCAUGUAAAAUGUGAAGAGCCCACUUGUGCAAGUGCUUUUCAACCAGAAGGGAGCUGCUGUGAGGUCUGUGGAACUUUACUCAAACUUGGUCUGGGGCAAGACUUUAAAAUGAAUGAUUUCACAAGUCUGCUUCAGAAUUUCUCUCAGAAUGAAUAUGAAGAUGUAAGUGUGGCCACUUCUAAAACAGAGGCCAACUUUGUUCAAGUUGUGUUAACUGAUCGUGAAGGUGGUAAUAAAGCACAGAUGGCUGCUGAACAUCUUAAGGAAGUCUUGAUUUUAGACAAGAGUUUCAAUGUGGCUGUUACCGAGGUUCUUGAACAAUCAGGCACCAAGGCUAUUGCUGGAAAGAAAACAGAGAAACAAGAGAACAGUUUGAUCAUCCCACUGGCAGUAGGGCUUAGCCUUCUCUUCCUGUUUCUUGUUGUUGCCAUCUUCCAAAUCUGCAGACGCACAAAAAGACAGAGCCCCUCAUUUGCUAUGAUGAUGGGGGAUGAUUUGGAGCUUACCGGCAUCAGUAACAGCGCUAGCCAGACUGUAGAUUAUAAAGACAAUGGGGAGUUGAGGAAGAAGCAACUUGCCAGUCAGAAAGACUCUUGUGAGAUGUCAAUGGAAAAUCCCCUUUAUGAAAGUUCAACAAAGUGAAGACGCUGAGAAACAAACUGGAGAUGUCAUGUUGAUUGUCAUCAAGCCUCUAAAUUCUCACUAAGGUCAAUCAAACAUUGGCCUCAUGAGAAUUAAAGAAAUUAUCAAAAACUUGAAAAGCUCUUGAUUAUUAGCUAAAUUGUCAGUGUCAUAGAAAAGGUAUAGAGAACACUAUGGAGAAUAAACAUACUGAUUAUUGGGUGUGUAAGUAUUGAAAGAUUGCCUCGGUUUUGCUUUACUUUACUCUGCAAGUGAUCUACGGUACCUGAGACAAUUAUCUUUAAUCACUUAACAGAGGAUUUUAUCAAACACUAGUAAAUGUAAAUUUAUCACUGGAAAUAUUUAGA